ACUCGCGCAGUGGCAGGAGGCUCUCGCGCGCUGCAGCAUGGACGGGAGCAAAGCGGAGGAGCGCUCUGCGGAGCAGGCUGCGGCUUUAUUUGGGACUCAGCAGCUGGAGAGUCAGAGGAGCGACUCUGAGCGAGGAAAGAAGAGGAAAAACCACUGUAAAAUCAUUACUGGGGUGCUGCUGCUGUGCUUGCUGGUGGUCAUCCUGGCUGUGGCGCUCUCUCUGAGGCAGAGCGCCAGCGGAGCAGAAGGAGAGCUGUGGCUCCAUGUUUCCUCUGAAGAAGUUCUGCAGCCGCGGUGUCCAGCAGGCUUUUCCAAGUCUCCGCUCCUCCUGGUGUCCCUGGACGGCUUCCGGGCAGCGUACAUGAAGGAUCACGUCGCUCACAUCCCCGUCAUCAACAAGUUACGAAACACAGGAACAACAGCGCCAUACAUCAGGCCUGUUUAUCCCACAAAGACCUUCCCCAACCACUACAGCAUUGUGACUGGUCUUUAUCCCGAGUCCCAUGGCAUCGUGGACAACAAGAUGUACGACGUGACCCGGCACGCUUUCUUCAGCUUGAAAACCGACGAGAAGUUCGACCCAAGGUGGUACCAAGGAGAGCCGGUCUGGGUCACCGCUUCCCGUCAAAAACUUAAAACGGCGACUUUUUUCUGGCCGGGCUCUGACGUCGCCGUCAAUGGCACCUUCCCAACUUUAUAUAAAAUCUACGAUAAGAGCAUUGCGUUUGAAAACAGAGUGUCGACGGUGUUCGAGUGGCUCAGUUUACCCGAAGAUCAAAGACCUGACUUUUAUACUUUGUACUUGGAGGAACCUGACUCAUCAGGACACCGCUACGGGCCAGAAAGUCAAGAGGUGCUUGAGGCUUUAAAAGAUGUGGACAGGAUCAUGGGUCUGCUGAUGGACGGCCUGAUGAUGAGAGACCUGCACCACUGCGUCAACAUCAUGAUCAUCUCAGAUCACGGCAUGGAGGAGGCCUCCUGCGAAAAGGCCACUUUCGUUUCAAAUUAUGUGGACGAUGUUUCCAACUUCACCGUGAUCCAGGGCCCGGCGGCUCGCAUCCGACCCAAAGACCUCCCGAACGAUUACUUCUCCUUCGACUACGAGGGCCUGGUGAACCACCUGUCGUGCAGGAUCCCCGACCAGCCAAUGAGGCCGUACCUCAAAGAAAACCUCCCCAAACGGUUGCACUUCGCCAACAACAAGCGCAUCGAGCGGGGUCACCUCUACAUGAAGGCCGGCUGGCAGGCGGCGAUCAGCAGAAAGGAGAUCAAGUACUGCAGCGGAGGAUUCCACGGCUCGGAUAACGUCUUCGCCAACAUGCAGGCCAUCUUCAUCGGCUACGGUCCGGCGUUUAAAGUGAAGACAGUGGUUCCUCCCUUUGAAAACAUUGAACUGUACAACGUGAUGUGUGAUCUCCUGGGUAUCCGUCCCGCUCCCAACAACGGCAGCCACGGCAGUCUGAACCACCUGCUGAAGCGCCCCGCCCACCAGCCCGUCCACCCGGCGCAGCUCUCCCACGACACCCCCUGCGAGGCCGGCGGCCCCGCCCCCUCCGACGGCCUGCGGUGCUCCUGCCCCUCGCUGACCCCGGAUACGGAGACGAGGCUGAACGCAGAUCUCCUGUCAGUUGAUUCAAGUGUGAAGGCCAGCUUGCGGCGCCUCCACCACCCUUUCGGGACUCCGAGCGUCGUCCAGCCGGACGCCUCCUUCUGCCUGCUGCACCAGCCGGACUACCUGAGCGGCUACAGCAGGGACCGCCUCAUGCCCCUCUGGGUGUCGUACACCGUCCAGCCUCUGGCCGAAGCGAGACCCCCGAUCCCCGAGGCGGAGGCGUGCGUCCGCGCCGACGUGCGCGUCCCGGCGGCGUCCAGCCAGCUGUGCGCGCGCUACGAGGACGACCCCACUCUGUCCUACGGCCUCCUGCAUCCCCCCAGUCUGAAUGCCAGCGGUCCGGUGACAGAUUCUCUAAUCAGCAGCAACAUGGCGCCCAUGUUUCCUGCAUUCAAAGAUGUUUGGACUUAUUUCCAUGAUGUCCUGCUUCCAAAAUACUCUCAGGAGCUGAACGGGGUCAACGUCAUGAGUGGGCCCGUGUUCGAUGAGGACUAUGAUGGAAAUGUUGACGCACUGCAAAAAAUUUCAGGGAACGAGGCUCCCAUCCCGACACAUUUCUUCCUGAUCCUGACCGGCUGCAGGAACUCCACCUUCAGCCCCGUGGCCUGUGAGGGUCCCCUCCAGACCCGGGCCUUCAUCCUGCCCCACAGACCGGACCACUCCGAGAGCUGCGCGGAUGGGUCGGACUUGUUGUGGGUGGAGGACUGGCUGCAGCUCCACUCCGCUCGAGUCCGAGACAUCGAGCUGCUGACCGGACUCAGCUUCUACCACGACAGGCUAUCCGUGGAGGAGACGCUACGGCUCAAGACCUUCCUGCAGACGGCCUGAAGGCCGAGACUUUCACCCAGCAGAGCUUUAAAUCCUGACGGAAGCCAUGAUACGGACACAGUCAGGAAACAUUAAACAGGUUUAAAAGUUUCCUGUUUUCACACCAAAUCAAUCACAGCCUUAAAUUCCAUCCAUUUGUUUUCUUGUUUGUCAGAUUUUUUUUUGUUUUUUAAUGUAGUGGAAGCCAUUUGUUGGCAUUUAUACAUGAACCGUCUCGUCUUCUGAACUCCUCCAAAGAAUUUCCUCACUGCGGAAAAACGGGAACUUGACAGAAGAAGGGAGAGGCAAACGUCUAUUGACUGAAGGACUAUUGAUCCCACAGACAAAUGUAUUGAUUGUGACCUUUUCGGAACCUUCACCUCUGAUGAGAUCUGAAACGUGGAAAUGUUACUGAGGGAAUGUUGGAGAGCAGCAGGAAAGACCUCCGACAGAAAUACGUUUUCUUCCUGCCAAAUAUACCCUGUUUUUGUUUUUUCAAAGCCUGUGUUAUUAUUAGGAUUUUGUACAUUUUUUAAAAUAAUUAUUUGUUGUUUGAGUGCCCGGAUGUGUGAGAACCGUCUGCAUGGGUGGAUUACUUGACGUUUGAGCCUCCUGCCUGAUGAACCGUCUGAAUCACUGCUGUUAUAACGUCAGUGGAGCAGAUACAGUUACGAAGCCUCACAAAAAUGUGUUAUGUAUGAUCAGUUGCUGAGCUGCUGUCUCUCCGUGAGGCCGCUGUGGCAGCACAUCAUGAAUUAAUUCUCCAUAAUGGAGUAUUUGCCAAUAACAUGACAAUUUUAACACUUUUACAUGGAAUAAAGUCAAUCAUGCAAUACGGUAAUAACAUUUUCACUAUGAAUUAGACUACUUGCUGGGUAUUCCAUUGUUAAGGUUGCAUUGACAAUCCUUUGAAAUUCUAAUAACUGCAGUCAAAAAAUGUAAUAAUAAUUAUAUAAGUCAGCACUGAUAAAUAUUAGUGACCAAAUAAACAUUAAAUUCCCUUUUUAAACAUUUUCCGGUUGCCAUCUAAGUUGGUUGUUUGGACUCUUUUCUUCGUUGAUCCAUUUUUCUCUCAUAAAACGAUUGUUACGCUGAGGUUGUAGACUAUUAUAUUCAGGAUAUCAGAGUCUGAUAACCUAAAAAAGCACAAACUAAGAUGUCGAACACCUUUUCACUUCCGGCUGAUCGAUGUAGCUUCAGCUGAACGUCAGUCUCACACACUGACCGCACUUCGACCUGCAUUCUGUUUUUAACCGACAGACAUUUUUACCACCAAGUAAAUUUACCUUGAGCUAAAAUGCAUAAAAAAAUAUUGCCUUUUUAAAAAACCUGCACUUUAUUGCAUUUAUGAAAUUUAAAAACUCAUCUGUGAUCUGGUGUCAUAACAGUGUCAGUUAUUUUUUCCCUUUUAGUCGUAGCUUGUUUUCUAUGUCGUUUAGCUGCAUUAGUUGUUUCAGGUGUUUUUUUUUUGUUUGUUUUUGUUUGUUUUUGCCAUUUCGCUGUUUGCCAUUUCAACUGAUUUAGCUGUUUUUUUUAAGCAUUUCAGCAGUUUUAGUUCUUUCAGGAAAUUGUGAACCAUGGUGCUUUUCUGUGUUGUUGAAAGUUUGACCGAAAAGAUAACACCGCAUUUAAAAAGAAAAUUUCAUGUGCAAAUUUAGAGGGCGCUGUACAAGAGAUAAAGAGUUUAAUAUGUCCCAGACGUUGAGUUAAGCAUGAUUGCUGUAAAACCGUAUUCCUCUUACUUAACAAUGACUGAUUAACUGAAAAAGAUAGAAAUAUUGAGAGCCACCAGCUCAGUCAAGGUGUGAACUGUCUACACAUCCAAAAUAAGGAAGAAAUUUGAAUUUACUGCACAAGGUACUUUUCCAACUCCUUGAUUUCUGAAGACACGAGUCUGAGACAGCAGGAUGCCCCCAUACAGACACACACAGCUGUCUGGAGUCAUGUCAGGUCUCUGUUAUCUGUUUGUUUCUCUUCUCUGGUCAUUUUCUGAUUCUAUAUUGUUGUUGUUAUUUCUCAUGCUGACUCAUUUCAAUGCUGUUUUGUAGAUAUUUAGAGUCUCUCUUGAUGGUAAAGUGUAGUAGCUGUCUGUCGAGGCUCAAAGUUCAGUAAUCCUUGUGUGUGUGUGUGUGUUUGUGUGCAUGUGGACAAG